UCAGUUUGGCUUUGGCGAAACAACAACGAUGGCCAAUGCGUCUGGGAAGCAGGGCUCCAAAAAUGCGUCGAAAGGCUCAUCUGGAGGCUCAAGCAGCGGCGGGGGAAGCGUACCGGCUAUGCCUGGAUCCGGAGCCACCUCCUCCCUAAUGGGGAGUCUGAACAAGAAAAAGAAACCGUUUCUGGGCAUGCCUGCCCCUCUGGGCUAUGUGCCUGGUCUCGGUAGAGGUGCAACUGGUUUCACGACCCGGUCCGAUAUCGGUCCGGCCCGUGAUGCCAACGAUCCCGUAGAUGACCGCCAUGCCCCCCCGGGAAAGAGGACCGUGGGGGACCAAAUGAAGAAGAAUCAAGAUGACGAUGACGAGGAUCUCAACGACACCAACUAUGAUGAGUUUAAUGGCUACGCAGGAAGCCUCUUCUCCAGCGGGCCGUACGAGAAGGACGACGAGGAGGCGGAUGCCAUCUAUGCCGCUCUGGACAAGCGGAUGGACGAGAGGCGCAAAGAGAGGAGGGAACUGAGGGAGAAGGAGGAGAUCGAGAAAUACCGUAUGGAGCGGCCAAAGAUUCAGCAACAAUUUUCUGACCUUAAGAGGAAACUGUCAGAGGUCUCAGAAGACGAGUGGCUCAGCAUCCCAGAAGUGGGGGACGCCAGGAACAAGCGGCAGAGGAAUCCGCGCUACGAGAAACUAACGCCUGUUCCUGACAGCUUCUUCUCCAAGCACCUGCAGUCAGGCGACAACCACACCACAGUGGACCCUUUGCAGGGGCAAUUUGGGGGUCUCAACACGCCCUUCCCUGGUGGACUGAACACACCCUACCCAGGUGGCAUGACCCCUGGGCUGAUGACCCCAGGAACAGGUGAACUGGACAUGAGGAAGAUCGGGCAGGCCAGAAACACGCUGAUGGACAUGCGUCUCAGCCAGGUAUCUGACUCUGUCAGUGGACAGACAGUGGUGGACCCUAAAGGCUAUUUGACCGAUCUGAACUCCAUGAUUCCCACACACGGGGGUGAUAUCAGUGAUAUAAAGAAAGCACGUCUGCUGUUGAAGUCUGUGAGGGAGACAAACCCCCAUCACCCCCCUGCCUGGAUCGCCUCGGCCCGCCUGGAAGAGGUUACUGGAAAACUGCAGGUGGCGAGGAACCUUAUCAUGAAGGGCACGGAGAUGUGUCCAAAGAGUGAGGACGUUUGGCUGGAGGCUGCCAGGCUGCAGCCCGGAGACACGGCCAAGGCGGUGGUUGCCCAGGCAGUGCGCCACCUGCCUCAGUCCGUCCGCAUCUACAUCCGAGCGGCCGAGCUGGAGACUGACGUGCGAGCCAAGAAGCGCGUGCUGAGGAAAGCUCUGGAGAAUGUGUCCAAGUCUGUCCGUCUCUGGAAGGCCGCUGUGGAGCUGGAGGAGCCGGAGGACGCCAGGAUCAUGCUGAGCAGAGCUGUGGAGUGCUGCCCCACCAGCGUGGAGCUGUGGCUUGCCCUGGCCCGUCUGGAGACCUACGAGAACGCCAGGCGGGUGCUGAACAAGGCCCGCGAGAACAUCCCCACAGACCGGCACAUCUGGAUCACAGCCGCCAAGCUGGAGGAGGCCAACGGCAACACGCAGAUGGUGGAGAAGAUCAUCGACAGAGCCAUCACCUCCCUGCGUGCCAACGGCGUGGAGAUCAACCGUGAGCAGUGGAUACAGGAUGCAGAGGAGUGUGACAAGGCCGGCAGUGUGGCCACCUGCCAAGCGGUGAUCCGCGCCGUGAUUGGCAUCGGCAUCGAGGAGGAGGACUGCAAACACACCUGGAUGGAGGACGCAGAGAGUUGCGUUUCCCACGGGGCUCUGGAGUGUGCACGAGCCAUCUAUGCCCACGCCCUGCAAGUCUUCCCCAGCAAGAAGAGCGUGUGGCUGAGGGCGGCCUACUUUGAAAAGAACCACGGAACCCGGGAGUCGCUGGAGGCCCUGCUACAGAGGGCAGUUGCUCACUGUCCCAAAGCAGAGGUCUUGUGGCUAAUGGGUGCAAAGUCCAAGUGGCUGGCGGAGGACGUGCCUGCAGCCAGGAGCAUCCUGGCCCUGGCCUUCCAGGCGAACCCCAACAGUGAGGAGAUCUGGCUGGCAGCUGUGAAGCUGGAGUCGGAGAACAAUGAGUAUGAGAGGGCCCGUCGGCUGCUGGCCAAGGCCCGCAGCAGUGCUCCCACCGCCCGGGUCUUUAUGAAGUCGGUGAAGCUGGAGUGGGUGCUAGGCAACAUCGAGGCAGCCCAGGAGCUGUGCACUGAGGCCCUGAAGCACUAUGAGGACUUCCCCAAGCUGUGGAUGAUGAGGGGCCAGAUCGAGGAGCAGUCUGGGCCCAUGGACAAGGCCAGGGAAGCAUACAACCAGGGGCUGAAGAAGUGUCCUCAUUCCAUCUCCCUUUGGCUACUGCUGUCCCGGCUGGAAGAGAAGGCAGGCCAGCUGACCCGCGCCCGAGCUAUACUGGAGAAAUCCCGUCUGAAAAACCCCCAGAACCCAGAUCUGUGGCUGGAGUCUGUAAGGCUGGAGUACAGGGCUGGACUGAAGAACAUCGCAAACACACUGAUGGCUAAAGCCCUGCAGGAAUGCCCCAACUCAGGGAUUCUGUGGGCGGAGGCGGUGUUCCUGGAGGCCAGGCCUCAGAGGAAGACCAAGAGUGUGGAUGCGCUGAAGAAGUGUGAGCACGACCCCCACGUCCUGCUCGCGGUCGCCAAACUGUUCUGGAGCGAACGCAAGAUAACCAAGGCCAGAGAGUGGUUCCUGCGGACGGUCAAAAUCGAGCCUGAUCUCGGAGACGCCUGGGCGCUGUUCUACAAGUUUGAGCUGCAGCAUGGAACAGAGGAGCAGCAGGCGGAGGUGCGGAAACGCUGUGAGAACGCUGAGCCUCGUCACGGGGAGCUGUGGUGUGCCGAGUCAAAACACAUCCUCAACUGGCAGAAGAAGAUCGGCGAAAUCCUGGCCCAGGUUGCUGCGAAGAUCAAGAACACCUUCUGAGCCAAUCGGCACACCUCCUUCUGGUGUCACGCCAGCACUGUGUAUCUCUCUCUGGGACUGCAUGUUUCAUUCUUCUCAUCCUUCUGCAUUACAGAGGGCAUGUACACACCACAAUCUGGUCGUAAUUUUAAUUUUGGGUAAUGUAGUUAUACACUCACAAAUUCCACAAUGUACAGUGCACACAUCCUUGAAAUGGAGCUAACAUUGUUUUUCUUAAAGUUCUCAUAUUUCAAAGGGAUCUGGACAAAAAUAAUAAGGGGCUGAUUUAAAUAUUCAAAGAACAAUUCAAAGUUCUGUCUAUUUUGUAUUUAUAUGCAUUUCAGUGCAAAGUGCGUUCCUCUGUCCAAUUACAUCAGCAUACCCAUUAGCAGUGAUGGCACUGAACACCCAACGAGGCUGUUAUGUUAAUGUAGGGGGCAAUUAUGGUGGAUUUUGAGAUAGUUAUAUUGUGUUGUUUGUCAAGAUGUUUUGAUUCCAGGGUGAAUACAAGUUGGCUUAUUAUUUUUGUGAAUAUUACUAAAACUGACUUCACUUGCCAUUCGAAUACUGUUUUGGAGCUAAGAAAGCUACGAGCUUUGGUUGUUUGGGAACAACCAAACACUUUUAGGUUUUUGCCUAAUGAAAAAUAUACACACAUUACGAGCUUUCUUAGCUGGACAAUUUAGCCAAUUUUUGCAAGCUAUUUACUUCCAAAUAUUAGUGUAGGCUGGCUUCCCAUAAACUAAACUUUCCUUUAUGAAUUACAAAAGUCAUGCAAAAAUAAUCAGCAUUUCUCUUUUUGAUGCUGGUGGAUAGUUUUUAUUUGCUACAAGUAAAAGCAUUGCUGGAAGCUAUUACUUGGUUACCUAGUUGGCUCUUGUACAUGCGAGCAUGAUAUUAGUGUUGCAGCGUUUCACCCACUAUUUGUCACCGAGUUUCUGGCAUAGUGAUGCAGUUUGGGCUAUGCCCUCACUCACAUAGCCCAAAUGUCACAUCUUGAUUCCUCUUGCCCAAAUAUAUUUUGUACACCCUUUAUGUAUAAAUGACUGCUUCACUUUGUGGCUGUGAUCUGUAAUGAGUAUUAUGUGAGUAGAUGAGUAAUAAAAAAAAAAAACCUUUGUAAGAAAUCA